UUCUUCCGGGUCAAAGCACUGUUUCGAAGUUGAACAACCAUAAUAGAAAUCCGGGUGCCCGAUUUGAAUGUUCACGAAUGAAAGAGGAAAGCUAUUAAUGUUAUUUUAAUUUUUAUUAACUGUAGCUGGUUACUAUUAGUGCCAAAUGGCUGGUUUACCACCCGGUGACCCGCAGUUGGUGUCUAUGAUCGUCAAUCAUUUAAAAACCCAGGGUCUUUUUGACCAGUUUAGGAGGGACUGCCUGGCAGACGUGGAUACUAAGCCCGCUUACCUGAAUCUGAAACAAAGAGUUGACAACUUUGUCUCCAAUCACCUCUCAAACCACACAUGGAGUCCUCAUUUGAACAAGAACCAGCUCAGGAACAACAUAAGACAGUUGGUGCUGCAGUCUGGUAUGCUGGAACAGGGAGUUGACCGGAUUGUGGCCCAGGUGGUCGAUCCUAAGAUCAACCACACCUUCAGGCCGCAGGUGGAGCGAGUGGUCCGGGAAUUCCUGUCACCUGGCAGCUAUAGCGAGGAGCCUCCCCUCCCAGUCUCCUCUGCUGACGUUAAACCUGAAAGCAGUGCUCUGGAGCAAGUCCCGUCAGCCGCCCCGCCCACCACGACGGCGAGCGACGCCAUGUCCAUCCUGGACACCAUCACCUCCCUGAACCAGGGCGCCAGCUCCUGGGCCGGCCCGAGCGGGGAGAAGGGCCGCAAGGGCCCCACCUCCGAGGAGCCCAUGCAGGGGGAGAAGGGAGACCAUGACAUGGUCAUAGCAGAAGGGGGUGACCACAGCCAAGACGGACAGACCGCGGACGUGGCCGAGGAAGCUCAACUGGCGCUAGAGAUCCAAGCGGUUGACAUCAAGACGGAGGAGUCUCAGGAGUCCAGCAAGGAGGAGGGAGAGGCGGGGGAGGUGAAGACGAAAGAGGAGGAGACGGACGGGGAGGAGGGGGAGAAGGCAGGAGGCCUGGAGCAGGCCGACGAGGAGAAGGACAAGGCAGGCGGCCGGACCGGGAAGGCCUCCGCGGAGAAGCAGCAGGAGGACGACGACGUGUUGAAAUCCCCCAAUCAGAUGAGGCAGAAGGCGAGGGAGAGGCUGAAGGAAGAGUAUUCCCUGGAGGACUCUGACCUGGAGGGCCUGAGUGACAUCACCGUGAGCUCGGUGCACACCAGCGACCUGUCCUCCUUCGAGGAAGACAGCGACGAAGAGCAGCCACUGUCCUCGUCCUCCUCCGAGGGCCAGCUCCCGUCUGAUGGAGAAGGAGGAGUGGAUAAGGAAGCGAGUGCAGACAAAGAGGACGACGACAAGGAGCAGAAGCCCAGACGCAAGGCCUACGUCCACAAGCCCUUCCUGUACUCCCGUUACUAUAGCGACUCGGACGACGAGGUCACGGUGGAGGAGCGGCGCAGAUGUGCAGCCAAGGACAAGGAGGACAGACUGCUCAAGAGACAACAGAACCGGGAGCGCAUGGAGGAGAGGCGCAAGCAGAAAGCCGCGCAGGCCGAGCUGCAAGCCCGGAGGAGGCAGCAGCGCAGCGACUCUCCCAGCGCAGAGGAACCCCAGGCCAAGCAGGCGCGCAAAGAGCGGAAAGUUCUGGAAAAGAAGAUGGCCCUUAAUAGGAAGAGGAAACUCGACUCACGGAAAGAGGGCGACACCUCAAGCAGGAAGAAAUCAGACUCCGUUGGCGAAGGCUCAAAGAGAGAAUCAAAAUCGGGAGUGCUGAAGCCCCUGCAGCCAAAGUCCAUCAGAAAAGAGUCGCAGUCGUUGGACGAGAGAAGCAGAAGGCACAGCGGGAGCGUUUCCGAGGACUCCAGCGAACCCAAAAAGAGCUCUGAAAAGAGCCGCACGCACUCCUUCAUCCUGGAGCUGGAGCAGGGCUCCCAGGAUGCCCUCAAGCACCGCCCUGCCGGGAAAUUCGACCGGCAUUCCCGCAAAGACUCUGUUUCUAAAGAGCGCAAGGAGAAGGAUCGGAGCGUGUCGGACGAGCGUGCGAAACCCAAACCGAAGCCCGAGAAAAGUCGAGCAGAGGCCCAAACGGGAGAGGCGUCGCACAAGGAGGCUCCUGCCGCCAAAACGACAGUUUCUGAGGAGAAAGGGGAGAAAAAGGCAAAGGUCAAAGGUGAGAAGAAGACGCCGGGAGCGGCGAGGGAAGGGAGAGGGUCCGUGCUGGAAGGUGCGACGGACGAGGGGACGUCUAAAGACCCCGCGUCCUCCAAGAAAGGGAAGGCGGUCUCCAUGGACUCCCCCAGACCGGAGAAGGAGAAGGAGGGAGAGAAGGAGAAGGAGAGGGGAAGGGAGAAGGUCAGAGAAAAGGAGAAGCCAAAAGGAGAGAAGAAUUCCACUAAGAGUGAAAGCCCCAAGGUGCCGCUGACUCCGGACACGUCGAGCGCCUCCCGGGCGGAGCGCGGGGAGGUGGAAGUGGACGGCGCCAAGAGGAAGGAGAAGCCUCCCAAGGAGCUCCUACGACGCGCCAAGAGCUGCUCCGGAGACCGGCCGGGGGAGAAGCCCAAGGGGAAGACGGAGGGGCGGGACGGCGAGAGGGAGAAGACCGCCAAGGUCGACGCCGAGGCUCCGAAGGCGAGCAACAAGUCGAGCUCCGAGGCGGACAAGGACCCCCGGAGGUCCAAGCUCACGGAGAAGGGGAAAGUCCCGGAGAAGACGUCCAAGUCGAAGGUCAGGGAGGACGUGAAGAGUCCGUCGUCGUCGUCGUCGUCCAAGAGCGAGAAGAAGGCUCCGGCCGCCGAGGUCAAAGGUAAAGCGGUCCCGCCGGUCGGCAAACACGACGCCGCCGCCAAGGAAAAGGGGAAGGACGGGAGCGCGAAGGAAAACCGGCACGCCCCGGAAGAGCCUCUCCAGGAGAAACCCGAGGAAACCCGCAGGGCUGCCAAGAGGAAGGCCGAGAAGGGCGACAAGAUCCCGGAGAGAAAGGACAACGACGGGCCCGAGGCGAAGAAGAAGACGACGAAGGGUCACCAGGGCGACGACAAGGGUCGCCAGGGCGACGACAAGGGUCGCCAGGGCGACGACAAGGGUCGCCAGGGCGACGACAAGCUUGAGAAGGCGGCGGCGUCCUCGCUUCCCUCUCCGGUUGUCGAGGCGGAUGAAACGCCGGCCGAGAAACCGGCGCUCCCCCAGGACGCCAGCACCGUCCUCGGUCCCGCCGUCGCCACGGUGACCCCCAGCACGACCACCCCCAGCACCCCCGCCCCCACCACCGCCGCCACCGUCCCCACCACCACCGCCACCACCGCCUCCCCGUCAGACGACACGUACGACGACGCCCUCAGCGACAUCACGCCCGAGCCCGGCGAGGGAGAGACGGAGGCGCGUCUCAGAGACCUGGAGGGUCUGCCGGCGGCGGCGCCCAGCGCGGCGGCCGACCCCCUGCUGACCCUGGUGGACAUCUGCACGUCGGCGGACGCCCUGGUCACGCGGGACCCCCCCCCCCAGGCGCCGGUGGCGGCGGACGCAGAGGACGCCGAGAUCAAGAUGAUGACGGAGGCCGCGCUGACCCUCCUGUCCAUGGACCCGGAGAGCAUCCUGUCCGCCGGGGCCCCCUUCGCUCGCCCCCCUCCCCCUGCGGACGCCGCGGAGGGGCUGGUGCCUCCGGGCGAGGCUCCCGCUGCCGGGGACGCAGGGAAGGGCGCGGCCGCUGAUGCACCCCCUGCGGCGGGGGUCGAACCCGCGACUGAAAGGGAGGAAGAGCCGUCCCCGGUCUCCCCGGACCGGGUCGCUGAGCCUGAGGACGGGAAGGACCAAAGGACAGGCACGGCCGCAAUACUCUUCUUUGAAAUGUCAUUUAAGGACGUAUUCAUAUUCGUGUGUGUGUGUGUGUGUGUGUGUGUGUGUGUGUGUGUGUGUGUGUGUGUGUGUGUGUGUGUGUGUGUGUGUGUGUGUGUGUGUGUGUGUGUGUGUGUGUGUGUGUGUGUGUGUGUGUGUGUGUGUGUGUGUGUGUGGUCAGAGAAAGAACCAAUGGUCUCCAGGGAGCGGACGGCGCCUUCACCUGUUCCAGAGGUUGAUCAAAUUAAGUCUGACAAGAUUUCAAAUCUCAGAGAUCCAGAGAUGGAAGCAGAACCAGAAACGCCCUCUGUCGACCUGUUGUCACCGGAAAUGGGAAUUAACACUGCAGGCGAAGCUGUGUCCGAACACCUUGAGACCAAGGUAAAGGCAGAAACACCCGCCAACACCCGGGUGAUCAGCUCUGAACCUCUCCCAACCAAUGUGUCGGAAGAGUCUGAAAGCUCCAGCCAACCUGGGGAACCCAAGCCAGAGGUGGUGGGUGCCGAGAUGAGCGCGAAGGAAGAGGAGAUGGAGGUUGGGGAGAUUCAGGCAACGGUGGACGUUGACAACGUUGCCGCUCAAACAGUUCCGGGGGGAGAGGGGGUCACAAAAGAUUCACAAAAUCCGGUGUGUGAUGUUCCGGCCCCGACGCUGGAGGUUGAAGGGACCAAGCAUCAACAUGAAUCCAAGACUGCGGAAGAUACCGUCUCUGACUUGGAUAAGGAGGAGGAGGAGGAGAGGACCACGGACCUGUCCCAGAAGGAAGAUAAAACGGAGGGGAGACUGACCCGCAAGCGGAGGCUUUCAAUGCAGAAAUCCUCCUGCAGCAAGGACUCUGAUUCAGCUGAGAAGGAGGAAAAGGACGGCCAAGAGCAACCGCCUGUCGAGGAAACCGAAGAGGUCAAGGCCCCGGAGGCCAGAGCUCCCCGCCGAGGACGGUCGUCCAGAGCUGGGCCCGGGGUGGAGGAGGGGGUGGAGGAGGAGGUGGAGGAGGAGGCGGAGGAGGAGGUGAAGGAGGAGGAGGAGACGCCCCCCAAGGAGGUGGAGAAGAAGGCAGAGACUCCCACCCGCAGGGGGCGCCGUCCAGCGAACCAGGCCCAAGACACCACCACCUCCACCUCAACCACCACCACCACCACCACCACCAUUGUUCGGGAGGAAGAUGAGAAGAAAGAUGAGGAGAAAGAAGAAACCCCAUUGGACCAAAAAGAGCCCGAGGCCCGCGGAGUCAUUGAUGCGGUGGAGCCGUCCCAUUCUGGGCUUACCUCCCAAACUGGUGAGCCCUCAAAAACAGAAGGUUGUGAAGAGACACAGAAAUCUGCAGAAGAGACCAGCGAUGAGCAAGAGGAGAAACAACACAGCCCAGACGACGGCGACCAAUCAGAACACCUGGAGGAAGGAAAACAGGAAGGCUCCAGUGAUAACAAGACAGACGUGGAGGAGGAGCAGCCCCGGGCGGAGCAGGAGACCACUCCCAAGAAGCCCGCUCGGAGGGGCCGGCCUCCCAAAGCAGCAACAGCCGCCGCUGCCGCCGCCGCCGCCGCCGCCGCCAACGCAGACUCAGCCGACAAAAUGGAAGAGAAGGCAGACGAGAGCGGGCUGAACACGGAGGAAGAUGAGGAUGAGGAGGAAGGGGAUCACAAGAGCCGAACUACGCGCUCAGCUUCUCGCAUGGAGGCCGAGAAAAACAAGCCCAGUAAACCGUCGACGCGCGCCAGUCGGCACAGCGGCGGGAAGGAGGAGGCCCCGGGUGGCAGCACGCCGCGUGGAACGCGGGGGCAGGCCGCCGGAGCCAAGGGGGCUCGUAAACGCGAGGCCAGCCCCCCUGCGGUGCGCACCCGGGGGGCAGCACCCAAGCCAGAGGAGACCCCCUCCAAGAGAUCCAAGCGCUGAGAAUAGACCACUGCGCUGCAUUUUUUUUUAACCUUUAUAUUUUUAGUCGUACUUUGUGGGGCGUUUUGUCCUUUUUUUUAAUUAUUAUUCGCUAUGCUAUUAUUGUAAAUAUUAUUUCACAUCCGUGUCAAACUCACACCCUUCGAGAACCAAAUGGACACCUGUUAUAUUUUGCGGAUCUUAAAGCCCUGUCUCUUACUGGCAUUCUGCACACAAGGCAGUGAGCCGGGCUGAGUGUUGUGGCGAAGGGUAUUGAAGCUCUCUGGUUAGUAUUAUACCUUCCCUGUGAUGGUUGGGGGGGUGGGGGGGGGCUUUGAGCAGGAAUCCUUCUGAAUGCCUUCGGCAGCCGUACAACCCAUAUGGCUUCGAUCAGGCGUCAUCAUUUCAUCAUUUAUUCAGUAAUGCCCUGCGAAGGAGAGUAUUUUUGACCAAUCAAGGGCCUUACUUGUAAUUGGGUCCGAUUUUCAGGCAUGGGUGUGAAAGUGUCACUUUGGUUAGCUUUGAGACCCGCUCAAAUGUUUAGUUUAUUUGAUGCAAGUCGAUACUUUUUCAUUGUUGUGGACAUCAAAUAAUAAUUAUUCAUUCUGUGAAUGUAACGGAGACAUUUUUCUCCCAUUUUUAUCAUGUUUUAUUUUUAAUGUUCUCGGUAUGAAUUCUCAUUUGAAUAGCAAAACAGUAUUUGGCAACUAUAUGUGAACACGUUCAGCUUCAUACAGUAGCCUACACUCUGGUUCUAUGUGAUUAAAGUACAUUUUUUUAACAGA